AACAAGAAGACGACAAAUAACGAGAAAUCUCUCUCUGCUGUUAUAGAAAAAGAAAAACGAGAAAACACCAACGACUCUGUUUCUCUCUCCCUCCCUCCCUUCUCAACAUGGAUUCCGACGCCGGACCACGUCAGCCUCGAUCCGGAGGCAAGAUUGUUCGACCUCGCCGGAGAGCCGUUGUCAGGACGCCCUACGACCGCCCUGCUCCAAGAUCCAGGGAUCCUCCUCCUCCUCAGCAAAACCCUAGUUGGAUCUCCAGGCUCGUUUACAAACCUGUCACCGUUAUUGCCUCCGGCGCCGGCAAAUUCAUUUCUUCCGUCGUCUUCUCUGAAUCUUCCUCCUCUUCUUCUGACGACGACGAGGAUUCAUCCUCCUCAGAUAUUGAAGGUGAUGAGGAUGUUGAGAAGAACAUUACUGAUUUUCUCGAAGAUGAAACAAUGGUUGAGCAGUCAGCCAUCCAAGGACUCAGUUCUAAGCAUGUAAUUGAGCAGCUUCUCAUGCAAGAAACAUUUGCAAGGGAAGAGGGCGAUAGAUUAAUAGAUAUCAUCAAGGCGAGAGUUGUUGAUCAUCUCAGUGUCCCCGAUGCUAAUGAUGAGGGGAGGCACAGUGAUAAUGGAUUGACAAAUGAGGUGAAUGUGGGUGAAAUGUCCAACAAAGCUGUCAUGGAAGCAAAAAGAUGGUUGGAGGAGAAGAAAUCAGCAUCAAAGUCUAUAGCGACUGAAGAUGGUGGUGGAUCGCCAGUGGAUGUGGCCAAGUCAUAUAUGCGAGCUCGUCUGCCAUGGGGUUCUCCAGCUGUGAACAGUUCAGAGUUUCAGUCGCCAUCACCAGCAGGGAUGCAAGUUAUCAAGGAAGGGACGCCGUUUCCUUUUAGCGCUGGAAACUUUUCCUCUUCCAAGCUGCGAAGGAGAUCCCGUUCUAAUCAUACAUGGAAUAUUCAAGAUGAAAUUCGCAAAGUCAGAGCUAAAGCAACAGAGGAAAUGCUUAAAACUGUAUCCCCCCGUAGUGUACCAUCAUUGAAAGUUGAUGGAGGUGCUCAAGCUAUACAGAUUGAGCAAAGCGUGGUCCUACCAAAUCAGACUACGGAAGCUAAUCAAGCCGUUGAACAACCAAGAGUUAUACACACUAGAUCUCGUGGAGUUGGUUUAGACAAGAAAUUUGUCUCCACACAAGGAGCUGGUGUUGAUGACUCCAAUGAUGUUGAUAAUGACUUUAUCCAGCCUAGCUCCACUAUUGGAGAGACCACAAAUGCUGUCUUGGCUCCUGGAGAAACUUUGGAUCCAACUGGGAGCUUUUGUAUCCCAAAGGAUGUGUUUGAAACAUCAAAGGAAGCUGAUGAUAUAGCCAACGGCUUCCCAUCUUCAUCACCUAGUUCACCAGUGGCUAUUGAAGCUGAGGCUUCUGUUCGUAUAGUUGAAACUCCUGGUGAUGAUGAUAUCACGGUAAGGAAUGGUGGCUUAGAUGGUGGGAUUGAUAACAACGAAAGCAAUGAUAGUGACUCAAGGGCCUCGCACAACAGUUCAAGCACGCAUGAAAAAGAGUGGCUCCCAGGAGACCAGUCUCUACCCAACUCAAACUCAAACUCAGCAAGUAGCAGCCCUGGUACGAGCAAGGUGUUGGCACCCACGAGAAGAGGAGGACGAGGAGGCCGAGGUAGGGGAAGAGGUAGAGGAGUUCGAGGCAAAGGACGGGGCAAAUAAAACUUUAAGGAGAGCUGUACACAAAGGAACACAGUGCAGUAGGAGAGUAUGAUUAUGAGGUAGGAUUAUGUGACAUGUAUUUUUUAGAUACCAGUUCUACUCUGUUUGUCUACCCAAAUGUCUUUUGUCAUUUCGUUAUCUCUUUAGGUUUUUAUUGUACUGUUUUCUAGUAUUUGAGUUAGGAUGGAUUUGACUUGUGGUGGAGGUAUGUCAAACUGUGUCUCUCUGUGUUAUUUAAUUUCUGAUUGUUUAAUGUU